GGAACUUUUACGUCUUUUAAUUGGUUAGCACUGCUGUCAGUCUUUGUGCUUCCGGCUUUACCGUUUGGUUUGUUGUGAGAGUUCCUGACUUCUGACUGAUUGGCAUUUGAGUUGGUGAGAGUAACCACACGAAAUAUGUCAGGAGCCCAUGACCCCAGAAGGAAAUUACGACCCCCGAAAAUAUUCUUGCUGUCGGCCGAACAACAUGUCCAGGGCCAUUCGGAAGGUACCAUCGUGCUGCCGCGGGGGUCCAUGUGCUCGGACAGACAAUCGAGUAGGAGCACAGUCGACUUUCUAAAUGUCAAGGUGCUGGAACUUGACAUCAUUGUACAAUUGGAAAGAAAGUUUCUGGUUGAAGUCCCAACGGACUGUGUUGGCCUAUUGGAGCCUGUGGCCCAAGAGGCUCGCCUCGAAUUACUACGCACUCGUGAGAAGCUGCACGAUUUGGCCAAAUUACCCGCUGGUACGCCCUUGUGGGUCCAAAUGGAGCAAGUGGACGAGCUUGCUGAGGCCGAACUCAAAUAUGUCGGGCCGCUGACGACAGGGAGCAGACCUCAGUAUUUUGGGGUGCAACUCAAGGGCUCCGCGGCGGGCAAAGGCAAGGGCACCGGCGGUGGUCUCUUCACCUGCCCUGACGGCUGUGCCGUCUUCCUUCCGGUCAGCCACAUCAAGGUCAGACACUGGUCCAGCGGCAACGAGGCGGACGACCAAGAAAGGAAGCGCCCUUUCCGCCGCAGUACCGUCCACAACCAUCACAGCAACAGUCGCCCCGCACACGUGAAGCUGCCCGGCGGCGGUGCCGCACAUCACGUCCAUGUGCCUCUAACCACCGUUCCUACUCAGUCUCAGUCGUCCGGUGGACCGGCUGAGGAGGCAACUACCGGAACUCAACAUCCGCUUCGCGGCACCGCGUGGCCCCUGCCGUACAAUGUGGGUCAGCGGGUUACCAUCUCCAUGGAGGGCUCAACCGUAAGCGGAGAGGUGCGCUUCUGUGGUCCGCUGCCCCAUCAGCCCUCCUCAUCGAUUUACGUGGGCGUUUUGCUGGACACUCCUAUGGGCAACUGGGACGGCCAUUGCAGAGGACAGAAGCUCUGCCAAAUUCCUUCUGCCCUCUAUGGAAAACUGCUGCCCGUCUCUAAGGUGUCCCCAGAGUCCAAGCAUCACGCCAUCCCUGCCCCCCAGGUACUCAAAUCCAUCAUAAAGACCUCGCCACCUGCCACCAAACCGGCCCCUGCGUUGACGCCCACCUCUGCCUCCAAAGUGGCUCUGUUGCCACCCACCAUAAAACCCCUCAAACCAGUUCCUCCUCCACCGCCGCCAAAGCCGCUCUACGAUCACCUGCCUCCACCCCCGCCCCCGCCGCCGCAGCCACCGCCCAAACCCGCCGACCUGGCAGUGGCGCAGCACACCAACGGCACUCAAGCCCCACCCUCGCCGCCUGGCUCGCCGGAUACGGACCAGGGUGUGUUCGUGGACGAUGUAGAAAACCUGGAGGUGGGCUCCAUGGUGGAAGUCAACAACCCACCGCUUUACGGUGUGAUCCGCUGGAUUGGACACAUCGAGGGAGUUCACGAGCCAGUGGCAGGCAUCGAGCUGGAGCAGGAGGUGUCGACAGCAUCCGACGGCACGUACCUUGGCGAGCGCCACUUCCACUGCCCGCCUAACAAGGGGCUCUUCGUCAAGGUCGCUAACUGUCGGCGAGAUUCCAGAUUCCCCGCUCCCGAAGCUCGUGUCAAUCAAGUGGAGCGCUGCAACUCCAUAGCUUUCGCUGAGUGGCACAGCGAGCGCGUGGAGGAUGACACUCUCCCCGCCGACGGGGAUGAGGCCAAGGAACUGUACCAGGGCUGGAAGAAAGGCAUCCAGGGCCACCUCAACUCCUGCUACCUGGACGCCACGCUGUUCAGCCUCUUCUCCUGUUGCAGCUCGGCAGACUGGCUGCUGUUCUGGCCCUCGGACGACACGGAAGCGGACCCGAGCUCAGGUCAAGCUCAAGACCUGCUGCGCUGCGAGAUCGUCAACCCCCUGCGCAGGUACGGCUACGUGUGCGCGAGCAAGACCAUGGCCUUGAGGCGACUAUUGGAGGCAUCCAACCAAGACGAAGGCUUCACCAGCCAAGAGAAAGACCCAGAGGAGUUCCUCAACAAGCUCUUCCUGCUCCUCCGCAUCGAGCCGCUCCUCAGGAUCAGAUCGUUGUCUCAAAAGCCACAGGAGUGUCACUUAUACCAGCUCUUCCCUCCUCACGUUCCUCGUUCGCCCUCCCCUGCUGACGCUUCCGUUUUGCUGCCCUCGCCGCUGUUCAGCCCCAUGAGGGUGGCCAGCGUCCAAACCUUGCUGGAGUCCUCCUUCCUCCACGCCGGACUCAAGUUAGCCGAGGCUCCGUCCUGCCUCCUUCUGCUCAUGCCCCGCUUUGGGAAGGACUUCAAGAUGUUUGACAUCAUCUUACCCACCUUCAGCCUGGAUAUCACAGACCUGCUGGAUGACACUUUGAGGCAGUGCAGCAUCUGUCAGGCUUUAGCCCGGUGGGAGUGUGCCGAGUGUUACGAAGACCGAGACAUCACACCGGGACACCUCAAACAGUACUGCAACACCUGUAACACUCAGGUUCAUAGUCACAGGAGGCGGACAUCUCACUGCCCGCUGGAGAUGAUCGUCCCAGAGGGGACGUGGAAUGCCCCCCUCGACUGCACUCGCCAGCAGAUGCUUCUGUUUGCCGUGACGUGCAUCGAGACCAGCCACUACGUCAGCUUCGUCAAACACGGGCCUCUGCCCUCCGAUUGGCUCUUCUUUGACAGCAUGGCUGACCGCCAAGGAGGUGAGAAUGGCUUCAACGUCCCCUUGGUGAGGCCGUGUCCCGAGGUGGGGUGCUACCUCAGCCUGUCGGAGGAGGAGCUGAGCAGGGUGGAUCCCGCCACCCUCCCGGAGCGUGCCCGCCGGCUCUUGUGUGACUCUUACAUGUGUUUGUACCACAGCCCCGAACUCAGCCUGUACAAGUGACAAGUACAACUCCUCCAAAAAACAUGUCUCAAGUCUUUCACGAGACUGAUGACAACAACCCGUUAACGUGUUACAAUGACAAUUGCACUGCCAUUUUAUGAUGUGUGAUGUCAUGUUUCACUGUUUUGAAUGUUUGCACUACGAUAGCCAUGAUGUCCAAACUUGAAUUGUUCAUGGGUUGACUUAUUAACUGGCGGCAACAACAAAGGAUCAAAAUAAAAGCUAAAUUAAUUUAA